AGAUAAUGAAAUACUCGACUCAUUGAGCGCAGUCGUAAUCGCUUAAUUUGGGCCACUCCGUCACGUCAUAUGGCCACCGGUUGCUGUUAUUUGGGAAGAGAAACUUGGCCGGACCGGUUGUGGGCCUCUUCCCCCGUCACUUGUUGCGAGGGAAAACACGGUCGAUUCGACGGCGCCUCGCUAGCUCUGCCGUGGUGGAUAUCCGUCCUCGCGCCGGCCAACUCUCCACUCCGUCCCCGAAUAUGCGGCGAUGUUUACUAUGAGCGCAGCUGCGUGAGCAUAGGAGUAAGCAGUGUAGUGUAGUGUAGUGAGUGUGUGCGGUGUGACAUCGAGUAUUCUACAGGUGCUGCGAUGGACAGCAACAAGACGUACGAGGCCAGGACGUGCCAAGACGGUCUCCUGUUGCCCUUCCUGGACGAGAGCCAAUGGGACGUCGGCGUUCGUGCCUUCAUCUACCUGGUGGCCCUCAUCUACUGCUUUUUGGGCAUCGCCAUCGUCGCCGAUGUCUUCAUGUGCGCCAUCGAGAAGAUCACCUCCAAGACGCGACGCAUCACACUUUCAGCCCAGGUUGCCGGUGCGGAACCUGACGUGAUCGAGGUGAAAGUAUGGAACGAGACGGUGGCCAACCUUACACUCAUGGCACUGGGGUCCAGUGCACCGGAGAUCCUGCUGGCUUGCAUUGAGAUCAUCGGAAACGGUUUCACUGCGGGUGACUUGGGACCCGGAACGAUUGUUGGUUCAGCGGCAUUCAACCUGCUGGUCAUCACAGCUGUCUGCAUCACAGCCAUUCCUCCAGGGGAGACCAGGAGCAUACGAAUGAUUAAGGUGUUCGGAGUGACGGCGUUCUUCAGCGUCUUCGCUUAUGUGUGGCUUCUGGUCGUACUUGUCGGGAUCACGCCAGGAGUGGUGGACGUUUGGGAAGCAGUUGUCACACUGCUCUUCUUCCCUCUACUGGUCGGCCUCGCGUAUGCAGCUGAUCGUGGAUUCUUGCUCCCUGGGAAGAAAGGUCGUAGUGCGCAGAAACAAAUGGAGUUGCAAAGCGCAGGCGACAACAUCAACAAGGCAGUGGCCAUCGAUGGAGUUGGUCCUGCUGAUAAGAAACAGUUCUUUCCAAAUGGGGAACUCAACAGGGAAAACCUGCUUCAGUUUAUCAGGGAAAUACGGAAGCACCCUGGCCUGACUGACGAAGACGCCGCGUGCCUUGCGGCUGCCCGCCUGGCCGAACAGCAACACCACACUCGCAUGUGGUACCGCGUAGGAGCCAUCCGAGACCUUACUGGAGGACGAAGGACUACGCCCAGCAUUUCUGAAAAGCUGCAAAACAAAAUGGACCACGAAGUCAGAAAGAUGUUUCGGAUUGCUACUCAAGAAGACGAAUCAGACAAGGCUGCUAAAGAAGCUGAGCAGAGCCAGCUGUUGAAGCCUUCUCCCGAAAUAUACGGGAAGGACGUUGCCGUGAUAGAGUUCAACGCCAGCGCGUGCGCUGUCCUCGAGAAAGCUGGGAAGGUCGACGUGGUCAUUCGUCGAAGAGGAAAGACCGACAUAGCCGCGACAAUCAGAGUGGAGACAAUAGAUGGGACUGCAACGGCCGGCGAAGACUACAUCGAAAUGCGGCAAACCAUCCUUUUCCAACCAGGGGAGGCGCAGAGGAAAGUGUCCGUCCAGAUAGUGCAAGAUAACCAGUGGGAGCCGGACGAAACGUUCUUCAUCAAACUCUGCCUUCCAGAGCAGACCAAUCCACAAGUGGCCAUUGGCCGAAAGGCAGUCAUGGAAAUCACUAUAAUCAACGACGAUGAUCCCGGCGUGUUCCAGUUUCGUCGCAGAGGUCUUCUGGUGCGAGAGAGCGUAGGCUACGCGCAAGUGGCGGUCAUUCGCACACGAGGCACCGACGGCGUGGCGUACGUCCACUGGCGCACCAAGAGUCAGACGGCGUCCGACGGCAAAGACUUUGUCGGAGGGGAAGGUAAACUAGUCUUCGAACAUGGCGAGCAAGAGAAGAACAUCGAGAUCGCCAUCGUUAACGACUUGGAACCGGAGAAAGACGAACAUUUUGAAGUGGAACUCUUCGACCCGUCUCCGGGUUCCGCUCUGGGAAGGAUCACCAAGACUACGGUUACCAUCACCAACGAUGAAGACUUCAACAACAUUGUGAACCGAUUGAUGCUGAUGACGAACACGAAUGUGGACAAGCUCCGGCUACAUUCAGAGUCAUGGGCGGGGCAACUGAGGGACGCCAUGAACGUCAACGGUGGAGACAUUGAGAAUGCCACGGCUGUCGAUUACGUCAUGCAUUUUUUUACGUUUGGUUGGAAGGUGAUAUUUGCCCUGAUCCCUCCGACGGGCUUCAUGGGCGGAUGGUUGACAUUCUUCGUGUCCCUGGGAGCCAUCGGACUGGUGACGGCCAUCGUUGGCGAUCUGGCAGGAAUCUUCGGCUGUCUCGUCGGUUUGGAAGACACCGUGACAGCCAUCACCUUCGUGGCACUUGGUACUUCGCUUCCAGACUUGUUCGCGUCCAAGGGCGCUGCAAGAGCGGAAAAAUACGCCGACAACGCCAUCGGCAACGUUACGGGCAGCAACUCCGUUAACGUCUUCCUGGGCCUCGGUGUUCCGUGGGUCAUCGCUGCUUUCUACUGGUAUGGUCAGAACAAAGAGUUCCCAGUACCGAAGGACUCCUUGGGGUUCAGCGUAGGCAUCUACUGCGCAGUCUCUAUCAGCUGCAUCAUUCUCCUUCUUCUGCGGCGGUUCCUGCCAUUCUUCGGCAAGGCUGAAUUGGGAGGCACCAGGAUAGGAGCUGUGGCCAGUGCCGCCUUCCUCGUCUUCCUCUGGUUCCUUUACGUCAUCCUUUCGGCUCUCAAGGCAUACGGUCACUUGUAAAAACAAGCUGGAUUUCGACUGCACACAGUUCUUCCAUUCAAAAGAGCUUCCAAGAGGACUUCGUGCGCUAAUCGCGGACGUUCGAUCAACCGUCAAGGAAAGUCGCCCGUUUCAGAAGCCCCGUGGUUGGCCCUUCUACUUGCUGAACUUUGCUGAGAUCGUGAUUGUGUCAUGUGCUGUGUCCACAACACUUAUAUUAUUAGACCCUGGUGUUUUAGGGUUAAACCCGAUUUUUCCCCGAAUUUGCACCCCGAAUUGAGGUUCACCUAUCUAGGGUUAAACCCGAUUUCUACCUGCAAAACUGCACCUAGGCUAGGCACCUCAAGGCAUCGACAUACUAGUUUCUCACAAAAUAUGCGACUGCCCCUUACUUCUGGCACUCUGGAUAAACGGUACAGUGAACGUUUAUGCUACAACAAUGCCCGAUUUCUCCCCGAACUCAGUCUGAUGGUAAUUUUUUUGCCCGAAAUUGCAUGAAUUUUCGACAUCAAUUUAAUGACCCGAUUUCUACCCCCCGAAUUUGGAAAAAUAUAAAACCCGAAAACUUCAGGGUCUAUAUAUUAUACAUGGCGUCACUGCCGAUAAGAAUAAUGUCCCCGGCACAAGAGACCUUCCUUAUCGGUUAUGGUAUCGGAAAGCAUGUUUGCCGGUGAGGGACAUCAGGUAAAAGCGCAUAGGGUGGACUGAUUAUGGUGCUCCCCUGACGAUAAGGGGCUCUUUUGUAAUCCGUGAGCUCCCUUCGAUUCCUUUUCCGUAUCACUAUAAGCGAAUAGACUUCUCCCUGACGUCAAAGUGUUAGAUAUAGCGCCACCAUUUUGGUAGAGUUGAACUACGCUCGAAAGCUAGAGGCGAAUAAGGUCGCGCCCGAAAGUCAAUGUCUUGAGAGGAUUACGAUGGCCCCUGAAAGGGACGCAACCUUCGGUCCUACCUUUCUUUCAAUAGGAGAUAGCGAACAAGUGUCCAUUCGUGGAACCCAGCCGUCCCUUUCCGAUUUGUUUCGGUUUCAGUCUGUCUACCAACGUCAUGAUGACGUUUCUCGGGUAGAGGUCUAUAAGAUAUCAGCGUAGCAACAGCUGAUUGGUUGGUAGCGAUUUGGAAAAGGAGUCCGACGGCGCUCACGUGUGUGUGUCGGGGGGGGGGGUGUAUUAGGGAGUUUUAGGAAACCGUGAGCACCCUCCGAUUCCUUUUUCCGCAUCUCUAUCAGCCAAUCACCGAUUGCUACAACACCGAUAGCUGAUUGGCUGAUACCGUUACGGAAAAGGGAAUCGGAGAGCCUCACGGUUUCCAAAAACUCCCUAUACUUAUUAGAACAAAUGAAAAAAAAGGGGAGGAACUCCCUAUUGACAGUGAGCGAAUUCCCCCACUACUUCCGGGUGACCACAAUCUCCUUCGUUUCCACGGUGUCUUAUCAUAUAGCCAACUUCUGUACACGGCAAUGGAAUAGAAGAGGGCAAUGGAAGGCCACUCCUGACGUGGCUGUUGCGGUUGUUCGUACGGUACCUUAGUUACGUGUCUAAGGCACACGACUGUACCAGCAGCAAAACGAACGCAUUAAGAACGUCCGAGCAUUAUUUAAUUAAGCCGCGCACUUUAGCUUUACACGAAAAGCAGGGAACUAGGGAAAAAAAAAAAAAACGCUUCCGACGUACCGCUAUCUGUGAAGGCUGCCGAAUGUCGACAAAGUAUAUGCACCAGCGAGUUAUCAUCGUACGUGUAAAUAUUCAUAAAUACUCGUUGCUCAUUGGUUUAGAGCUCUCUCAUCAACAGUGGAAUAUCUGUGACAUUUCCUUUCUAAUUUUAUUCGCGCAAGAAAAAAAAAAAAACAAGGCAGCUACGAAGCACAGGUGGACAUGCUGUGUACUGGUGUAUAUGACAGUAAAACUUGCUUUGCCCACA